CGAAGCGUGCAGCGAGCAAUUAUCGACAGAAUUAGUGGCAUUGCCUUGUGGCACGACAUGGCGGCUGCUUCGAUCUUCAAAGAUGUUCCUGGAGUUCCUACAGAUCAUGUUUUCUGUGUCAAUCAGAUGUACAAAGAUGACCAGAAUCCCAAUAAAGUCAACAUGGGAAUUGGAGGUAAAAUCUUACUAUAAAAAUCAGACGAGGCAUAUGAGCAGAUCCUGUUCAAAGUUAUUAAUAUUCAUUAACGGUCUGCUAAUUUUUAAGUUAGUUCGAUAUGGUGUCUUGGGAUUUAUUAAUUUUGCUUCUCCGCUGAUUUACCAAGCUUAUCGCGACAAAGAUGGAAAUCCAAUGGUACUACCAGUGGUUUUGAAUGUUGAGAAGCGACUCGCUGAGGAAAUCGCAUCGAAAAUUCUAAAUCAUGAGUACUUAUCAAUCGAUGGUCUAAAGUCCUUUUGUGAUGCGGCUAGCAGACUGCUUUUGGGAAAUGACAGCCCUGCUCUGGCAGAGAAUAGGGUAGGUUUGAUACACUUAGCAUAAAUUAUCUCCUCUCUUUAUACCAUGGGAACUAGGGCUUAUAAAAUGAUGAAGAUCAGCUCUAUUACGUAAUUGGCUGCCAUCGCCUCGUCUGUCUGUCUGUUUGUCUGUUUGUCUGUUUGUUUGUUUGUUUUUUGUAGCGGGCGCGGGGGGCCUAAGCAAAAUUUGUCAGUAGGGAGGCCCAAUAUCAGCAUUGCGGGCAUGUAAGAUCUUUUGGGUUGUUUUAGUGCUACCAACUGAAGGUUUUUUGUUCACACAAUGUGUAGGUUUAGAGGAGUACUAAAAUUAUCAAACCCUUGAGACAGGACAACACUUUAAUAUAGUUAACCCUUUCACUCCCAAGAUCUCAUUUGUAAUUCUCAUUACUGUCUGUUAUAUAAUUCUUGUAAUGUUAGUUUGGAGAAUUUGGUAUUGGAUCAACUAAUAAUCCCCUAAUUAAUAUUUUUCUUUAUUCUCAUCACUUGUCUGCUUGAUAUUGUAAGGAGAAAUUCUGUCUUGAUUACUCAUGGGACUUAAAGGGUUAAGACAGCUUUUGCCUGGGAAAUUAUUGUUGUCACAAAACUUUCCAUGAAAUAUGGAUUAUCUUUCUGUGAGUUAAGCACUGAUCAUGAGGAAUGGAUGAUCAUUUUUAAAUAUUGUUGAUAGAAGGUGUGGCAGUGUCUUUGGAGUGGGUGGUAGGGUGAGAAAGAGAUGAAAAGUUGGGGUGCUGGCAGUGAAUACCAUGUCGUGAUUUUGUAUGAUGUGAUUGUGAAAUAAGAGAAUGUGUUAUUAUGAUUGACAUCUUUGAAGGUGUGUUGCCUUAAGAUAUGUUUCUCAUUAAGCACUACAACAAAAGUAGGUUUAUAUUACAAGAAAAAAUAAAUCAAUUGAGACAAAAGGUAAAAGUGAACUGGUCUUCAGUCAGAAUAAUUGCGAAAUUGAGAGAGGGUUUGUUGUUCUAAUGAAAUCAGUGAACAACAAUCAAGUGUUUCAUAAUGUUUCAACAAGCCAGAUUGGUCAACUGAAAAGCUCAGGCUGGUGAUUGAGACAUGCCUGAUAUGACAAAAUGAAUGAUGUAUAAACCCUGCAAAGCAUCUUAAUGAAUUACACCACUAAAGCUUAGUAAAUACAAUUUAAUAUCAAUCAUAAGCAAAAUUUUAGAAAGGUUUAUGCAUCAAAUCUUGACAUGUAACAAGAACAAGUGCUAGUCUACCCUGAAAAAAAUUGAAUUUAACAUAUACCACUUCUCUUCAGCCAUACAAUUCAGUCAUUCCUUCUUUUCCCUCUAGUUAGUUGCCAAUUACAUUUUUUUGGAGCCACUAGAGACUAUUAAUAAUAAUAAUAAUAAUAAUAAAGGCUUUAUUACAGUGUAUCCAUAGAAUGGCUCUUCACCCAAGUAAACUAAGUUAAUCUACUCUAAAAAACUAACAAAUUCAUGAUGAUAAUGUACAAUUAAUAAUUAUAAUACAAAGCAUUUGGAAUUAAGACUGAAGCAAAUUAUGAUAGACGAGAUUUCAAAAAGUAAAGGCGUGCUUUGAAAAUGAUUUGCUGUCCACACACGAUUUUGUCCCUGAAGGCAGCUAUUGAAGAUCCAGGCAGCAGUGUCCUAAAAAGUAUUACUACUAAGGUUUGAUGAAUUUAUUUUUUGAGAAAACAGUACUGUAAGGAAUAGGCAUAACAGGUUGGAUGAAUUUAUUUUGUUGGCAAUACUAACUGAAAAACAAACAUGAAAAACAAAGAAAAGAAUGAACUGACCUCAAUAAACUCAACUUACUGAUCACCAGAUACCCAGGUUACCUUUCAAGAUUGUUGCAUGCAUUUUUUCUUUUUUUCCCAAUAACCUCUUUGUCAACAUCUGUAUACAUGUAAUAUCUCACAUCAAUGCUCCAGUUCUAGCACUAUUCUCUCUUGUUUGUAUCCUAGUGCUGGAAGAACUUUUUUGUCUUGAAAUGUUAUAUUCAUCGCUUUGGACAGGUUUGUUCAGCUCAGGCGAUCUCUGGCACAGGAAGUCUUCGUCUCGGGAUGGAGUUCUUGAAGAAAUUCUACCAUUCAGAAGUUAUCUAUGUCUCCAAUCCUACAUGGGGUGAGACUUUCUUUUUAUUAAUAAUUUUUAAAUGUGAUUUUUAUGUUUGUGCUGAUGAUGUUUCGUGUUGGCAACAGUAGUGUAGAGGUGACCACUAAAUGGAGUUGAAAAUUAUAGUGAUUAAGGAAAACAAGUUCAGGAUGUUGACAAACGACCACUUAAUACAGGGUGACUGCUUAAUAAGAUGCUGCUUAAUACAGGUUCAACUGUAAUGUACUUUUUCCAUGGGAACAGUAUUGCAAGGGCUUCACUUAAACACCCACCUACUUUGUUAUGGAGAGUAACUUUUACUCCUGGAAAUUAUAGGAGCAUUGAUCGACAAAAGUACUUAACAACAAUCACCUGCUCUACAUUGGAGGGGAUGUUUAACUCCUGGAAAGUAAAAAUGUAUGCAGUGUGUAUCAACCAGAUUGAGAAUCUUCAUUCAAUCUAGGAAGAUAACAAUUGGCCAUGAUAGAAAGCAAAUUUCUCCUUUUAAAGGGUUCAAGUGAAAAUUAAUGUAUGAAAAAAACAAAACAAAACAUGAUACAUUUUUUGUUAUAUCUUCCAAAAAGACCUCUUCUAGUGUUUCUGUGUAACCACUGAUUAUCAGGCUGGGACAAUCUGAAAAAUUGCAUGGCUUCUGGGAACAAGAAUAAGCCAUUUACAGCCCUCUAAAGCAAACAAAGCACAUUCUUAUGUCCUUCCUUGAUAGUGGAGACCUUUAUGGAAAGACUUUUAAAGAGAAGGUCUACUUGGCCACAGAUAUUGCAAAAAGUGUCAUGGCUAUUAUGCUGGAAGCACAUCCAAACAUUCAUGAUCAUCACUCCAUCUCCAUAUUGGAAGCCCAAGUGAAGCCCUUUUAUCUCUAAUUCAAGUACACACAAAUGUUUAGUACUUGUGCAUCAUAACAUUUUGCUCCAUUUAAGUUACACUGUAGGUUUUUCUUUGAUAAGAAAUAUCACUUUUAGUGCAGUGAAAUUCUGAUGUCUACUACAAUUGUGUUUGUCUUUCACAUGUUUGUAGGAAACCACAAGAAGAUGCUCUUAGCCACUGGUUACAAGGCUGAAAACAUCAAGGAUUAUCGUUACUUUGAUAAAGCAACAAAAGGUUUGGAUUUCCAGGGCAUGUGGGAAGAUUUAGAGGUGAAAAUGCAACAUAAUAAUUUUUGUGCUAUAGAAACUAAAGUUAUAGAUAGAGCAUUUUUUUUUUUAUCUUAAGAGGGAAGAGGUUGGGGUCUUAGAUGGUAAAAUGCUUUGAGAAAAGUAAAGAGCAAAGAGCAGACUAGUGUGAACAAAGUUGAAAGUUAAGUAUUAGGGACAGAGUUGCAUGGAAAGGUCUGUUCAGACCUAUCUGGCAAUUCUCUGGGUUACUGAAACGACUUUGAACAAAAAUUAUGUUUAAUGAUUAUGGGUUUUCAAUGCGUUACAUCUUUGAACCCUUCCAUGUGAAUAGAAAUUGCUAAUCAGUGCAUUUUUAGCUACAGUGCAAAUGUAAAGUAUGUAUUAGAAACUGUGCAAAACUACUUGCGCAUCUGAACAUCAAUUCUGUCGGAAAGAAAGACAUACUCUACUAUAAAUGAACUUAGAUGGAAGAAGAUGGCUAAGAAUUAAGUUGAAUGAACUUCAAAAACUUAUCCUCUAUUUUGCUUCCACUGUUUUUUCCAGAAUGCUCCAGAUAACUCAAUAAUCCUGCUUCAUGCCUGUGCACACAAUCCAACUGGAGUAGAUCCCGACCAGGAACAGUGGCAAAGGCUUGCUGAGAUAAUGAAGGUAUUCUAAACUACUUAUUCACAUAUUAAUCAGGUGUCCCAAAUAGUUUAAAAAUGUGUUAGUCAUAACACAUUCAUAUCAAAUACAUGCCUAUGUAAUUGAUAAGAAUAUUUGAUGCUUAAGCUGUUCAGUGUGUUGUGCUUCUGUCAGGGAACGUGGAUGGUACAGCUGGUCAAGAGAGCUUGUGCCUUGUUAUCCUAUCAGUUAGCUCCCCUGAGUACUGUGGUACAACUUGUACUGGGUACUUGGUACAACCCCCCUUAAAAAGAGUAUUUCAAAAUUUUGAAUUGAUGCUUUGAAGAAACACUCCAUUGCUGCGUCUCUUCUUAUUCUUAUGUUACUUUAUAAUUUAAUAGUUACUUAAUGGUGCAUUUGGUUUUUUUCUUUACUUUUUUCCAGAGAAAAAAGCUGUUUCCCUUGUUUGACAUAGCUUACCAAGGAUUUGUGUCAGGUGACCCUGAUGAGGAUGCUUGGGCUGUACGCUACUUUGUUAGUCAAGGAUUUGAAAUGGUCAUAGGACAAUCAUUUGCCAAGAACUUUGGAUUAUACAGUAAGUACUUGUGGCAGGUGGUUGACUGUGUUUGUAAUUGAUACCUUCGUAAUUUCACAGUGCCAGGUAUCAAUGCAGGGAUACUCUGAUGAGUGGCUGUUAGGCAAUAGCCUGGUUUACCCCAUCUUGGGCUACACUUGUUGUGGAAUGAAUUUUAAAGCUAUCUUUGCAAUAAUGAGUACCACUUUAGCAGUAGUGAAAUCAAGACCUGAAAAAAACUAAGGCCUGUAUGGGAUUUGAACCUAUGACCUCUGGGAUACUGGUGCAGUGCUCCACCAACUGAACUAACAAGCCAACUGGGAGCUGGUCAUUAUGUUGGUUGGUAAGAAACCCAUGAUGAAUAGUGACUGUAAAUAUAUGAAAUCAUAUAUGUGAACUGUUGUUCACAGCAGCAGCCAACUGAAAAUUGUUCAUUGGCAUAUGCUUCCCUAUGAAAUGUGAAUAGGGGAAAACAUGAAUAAUGAAAUGGCCUUACAUGUAUGACCCAGGGCUUAAAGGGGUUUUUUGAAGAUAGACAUAGGUUUAUGUAAUUACCUUAGAAACAGCUUUUGAUGGAAGCUAAAAGAAAGAUUACUAUUUAAACACUGAAAAUAUAAAUUUUAACUAAAGUAUUUGUUCAAAAUGCUAAUUUUUCUUUGCAGAUGAGAGGGCAGGUCAUACAUGUGUGGUGACAACAGAUAAUGAAACAGCUGAACGUAUUCGUAGCCAGCUCAAGGCAAUCAUCCGCCCAAUGUGGUCAAAUCCACCCAAUCAUGGUGCACGUAUUGUAGCAACCAUACUGAACAACCCAGCCCACGCUGCCGAAUGGUAAGAACGAUCUGUUAGCUGAGAGCCAAAAUUUCAUCACUGUGAGUGUUAAUUCAUUUUUUCUCAUGUGGAUCAAUUUUCUCGUUACUUACAUUGACCAGGAGGAAGGGGAAGAUUUUCCAGGAGUCUGGCACUAAUUAGCAGUGCCAGAUUCCUUCCAGUUUUGCCAGAAAUCUCUGGUGAUUUACCAAAAGGACAUUUCUUAUUUCAGAUAUGUUAAUUAAUUUGAUAUUUUGUAACUUUUAGGCGUGAAACUUUAAGGACGAUGGCUGGGCGUAUUUUAGAGUGCCGAAAACUCCUUUACAACAAGCUGAAAGAACGUGGAACACCAGGAACGUGGAACCAUAUUGUGGACCAGAAGGGAAUGUUUGGAUUUACAGGAUUGAAUGGUGAGUGGUUUUGUUAUAUGAUUGCAUGGUUUGCAUAAAUGGAGACUUCUGCAAACCUUUGGUUAAGGUUAUGAGUUAAGUGUCCCAUUGCUAUUGGAACCUGUCCCACUUUUACUUGUUUUUUUUCUUUCGUUGUUGUUUUUGUUGUUUUUUUUGUUGUUUUUUUUUCCGCAUGAAAGGAGUAGGGUGCUCUAACUGGAAGUCUGUAGUUCUAAAAGUCUAAAAGUCUACCUAAGCCGUGGCGCAUACAGUCUGGAAUACCAGUCCAUCGCAAGGUUACUCCUCAGCUUUCUCUCAGGCUUCCCAGACAAUUCACUGGUCCCAUUUGUAUUCCUGGGUGGAAAAAGGCACUGUGAGAGGAAAUUGUAUUGCCCAAGAACACAACACGGUGGCCAAUUUACAUUAUCAACUACAUGUAGUUGAUAAAACCAAAUUAUAUAUUGAAAGAACUUAAAGGCAGAACUUCCUUAGUUAAGAUAAUUUGAUAAGUACAAUUUUUCAAGGGAGUUGUCAGGGGCUGUAAAGGUUACAGGUUCUCUUUGCUGAUAUCUUCAGCGAACAGUUUUUCGUAGCUCUUCUUUAGGUUUGCUAUCUAAGUCAAUCAAGAAGUGGUGAACUCGAACCUUCAUGAACAUCAGUUAGCGCGCGCAAUUUAAAAUGUCACUGAAAAGAGUUUUCAAAAAAUUUUUAUUAUUGUUCCUGUGAAGAUACAAGAAUUUCCUUUGUUAUUCGUGAUUGCAUUCUUCAUGAUGCAGCAAUUCACCAUUUUGACAUCAAGGAAGAUGUCUGGCAACGUUUAAGGGGAGUUAAAAAGGUUUCAUGGCACACCAGGAAGUCCUUGCAAAUCUAGAUUAUCUACUGCGAGACAACUUUCAGAGCGGUUUAACUGAAGUACCAGUAGAAACAAGCGUGAUUUCAAAUGAUCAUGUUGUGUUUCUCUGCAGUAAAACAAGUGGAAUUCUUAGCCAAGUCUUACCACAUCUACUUGCUGAACAGCGGACGGGUAAACAUUUGUGGGAUCACUCACCAUAAUGUCGACUACAUCGCUGAGGCGAUUCAUGAAGCUGUCACCACAGUUACCGACUGAUCAAGUCUAUAGCUUUUGGUUGCUGGUUAUUUUUGUUGUUGUGAAAGCUAAUCUGUGUGAAACCUGCGUGCGUGCUGACACAUCAUUCACGCCAGUGUGAAAUCGCCCAAGAGGUAUUCGUGUGAAUGGAUAAAGCUGACAGUCAUCUCAUAAUUUAACGAUUUGUAUUUACAAGGGACAACGUUUGUCAAUCAGACAAACUGAAAUGCGGUGUGAUCACUUAUAUUUUAAUCGUCCGGUCAAUUGUGGCUGAUUUUAUUUACAAAGGAGGGUCUCAUUUGUAUUAAAAUUUCCCUACUGGGUGAAAUAUCAAUAAACCUUUCACCUUCAAUACAAAGUUGUUAUAGCCAUUGUCAGGGCGGAGCCUGUAAGCCGUUCAGUGAUGUGAUGCAGGAUAAGUGUUGUGAUAAUUCUUGACUCCAAAAAACCCACUUAUUAUAAGGGUGCAAAAAAGACAGGGUGAAUGACAUGGGAAGGGCGUUGCCUCCAUGAGAGCUCUUCUUGUGCAAAUUCAAAUGUUUUGAGUAAUAUGAAUUUUCCAAUUUGUUCAGGCAAUUUCUUGCGCGGCACUUCGUUAAUUACCAUUACUCUUGCUCGCUCAAUUUUAAUUUUACCAGCUCAUGGGCAUAAAUGUUACCUAUUAGUUCAAUAGAAGUAAUAUUCAAUAAUUAUCUUAUCCUCACUUCGUGUUUGCUACAAUAAAAACAUAUCGCGUUUAACUGAAAAAUGCCCAUGAAAUAACAUCAUAAGAAUCUUUUUACGCCCUGAAAUAUGGGGUCCUCAUGUUGAAAUAAAAAGACGUACAUAUCAGUAGAUUUGCAGGUUCCUCGUGAAUCCUUUCGU